UUGAGGGAAGACUGGUCUGGGUGCUGCUCUUGAACUUGGUCUCUCAGCCAUGGCUUCUCAGAGACACUCAGGUCCCUCCAGGUAUAAGGUGGGCACCAUGGCUGAGAAGUUUGACUGCCACUACUGCAGGGAUCCCUUGCAGGGAAAGAAGUAUGUGGAGAAGGAUGGCCAUCACUGCUGCCUGAAGUGCUUUGACAAGUUCUGUGCCAACACCUGUGUGGAAUGCCGCAAGCCCAUCGGCGCAGACUCCAAGGAAGUGCACUACAAGAACCGCUUCUGGCAUGACUCUUGCUUCCGCUGUGCCAAGUGCUUUCACCCCUUGGCCAAUGAGACCUUUGUGGCCAAGGACAACAAGAUUCUGUGCAACAAGUGUGCUACUCGUGGGGAAGACAACCCUAGGUGCAAAGGGUGCUUCAAGGCCCUUGUAGCAGGAGACCAGAACGUGGAGUACAAGGGCCUCGUGUGGCACAAAGACUGCUUCACGUGCAGCAACUGCAAGCAAGUCAUCGGGACUGGAAGCUUCUUCCCGAAAGGGGAGGACUUCUACUGUGUGACUUGCCAUGAGACCAAGUUUGCCAAGCACUGCGUGAAGUGCAACAAGGCCAUCACAUCUGGAGGAAUCACUUACCAGGAUCAGCCCUGGCAUGCCGAUUGCUUUGUGUGUGUUACCUGCUCUAAGAAGCUGGCUGGGCAGCGUUUCACCGCUGUGGAGGACCAGUAUUACUGCGUGGAUUGCUACAAGAACUUUGUGGCCAAGAAGUGUGCUGGAUGCAAGAACCCCAUCACUGGGUUUGGUAAAGGCUCCAGUGUGGUGGCCUAUGAAGGACAAUCCUGGCACGACUACUGCUUCCACUGCAAAAAAUGCUCCGUGAAUCUGGCCAACAAGCGCUUUGUUUUUCAUGGGGAGCAGGUGUAUUGCCCCGACUGUGCCAAAAAGCUGUAAAUUGAUGGGGGCGUCUGUCCUGUGAGACGAAAUUUCAGUCAUCUUUUUUUGUGCCCCUGUUCUUUUCUCCGCCCUACACCAUUGAUAGGGGAAGAGUGGUUUUGCACCUCUUUAAACUUCUCCCUUCUGUCCUUUCUAUUGUUUUGCAGUGUUGCUCAAAUAAGGACAAACAGUGAUUGUAUUAGGAUUUAGCAACAAGCAUCCUUGCAGCAAAGUUAAUUUCUCUACCGCUGCAAUGAGCAAACAAAAACUUAGACUUGACUCUUCUGCAUGUUUAUCAUAGAGCAGAAAAGUGUUAACCAUUUAGCCACUUUGUGAUGUAAGCAAGAAACAUAAGCGAUAAAGCUCCUACUGAGCUGCCUUUCCAGGCUCAGCUGGGACCCGCCAUGUAGUCAGUCAUACGGCGUGCAAGAGUCGCAGCGGCUGCUGCAGCUCACGGCUCACACUCUUUGGUGAGCAGAAAAAGAACUUGCUGGAAUGCAUGGUUUAACUUCCUCCUCAAAACUCUGACCCUCUUUCUAUUCUUUUGUGAUCUCACCUGACUAACAUUGAAUUUCCGGAAAGUUAACAUUUGAACUUAGCUGUAAGUUUUCCCCCUACUAACGUCCGAUUUCCCCCCCCCCCCCCAGUGGCAUGUUUUCUGAGCGUUCCCACUUUAAAGUACGGAAUAUAUAGGUGACUGGGAAGGUGUACACGCCUACCUGAGAAAACGAACCUGUUUCAGAGCCACAUUGUCACAGUGGAAGCUUGACAAAACUCACCCUUCCGUCCUUUUUAUUUCUCUUCAAUGACAUUUUGUUUGAAUAGUAAAAAUAGUUUAUGGGUUUGGAAACUUGCAUGACAUGGAGCCCCCUCAGAUGUCACUGCAGUUUGGAGAUUCAUCCUAUAGAAGUGAGUGAACUCUUGAAGGGUAGCUUAAGCAGGCACCAGGCUGCGUCAACAUGAAUAUCACAUUUCAAAACCAUGACAAGUGAAAUCCCUUUGUAAAAUAAAAGUUGUUGGCUCUUUGUCCAUGUGUUCAAGAGGACUACGAAGUCCCUUCUCUUGUGAUUCCUAGGAGGUUUCCUCGAGAGCUUAGCUCUCUGUGGGGAAGUGGGGCAGCCACUCGCCUCACAGGCAGAACUAGCUUUUCACAGUUUGCUUCCCUGAAGUUGUGGGAUCACCUACUUAUUGUAUUCUCCAUGAUUAUAUUACAGAUAUAAUGAGAAAAUAAUCAAAAGUAAACAUGUAAUGACAAUACAUAUUGGAAUUCUUGUAGAAGUGGUUGUAGACACCGAUGCUUCAUUUCUGCAUUCUGUCAUUAGCUGUUAUCAUCUAAUGUUUCAGUGUAUCCUUACAGAAAUAAAGCAGUAUA